AUGACUCCUGAUAAAUAUGGAAAUACUAUCCUACAUGCUGCAGCUAGAGAAGGAUCACUUGAUGUCAUGAAGUACCUCAUCAAUACUCAUCACUAUAAUCUAAUGACUACUAACAAUAGAGAUAUUGUAAAGUACCUCAUUAAUGAGUGUAACAGUGAUAUAAUGGCCACUGAUGAAUAUGGAAAUACUAUUCUACAUGCUGCAGCUAGACAAGGAUUACUUGAUGUCAUGAAGUACCUCAUCAAUACUCAUCACUAUGAUCCAAUGACUACUAACAAUAGAGGUGAGACUGUUCUUCAUUGUGCUGUUAAGAACAUAUAG